CCGCGCCCAGGCACCAUGCGCCCCGCCGCGCCUCCUCGCCGGCGCCCGGCUUCGCUCUCCGCUCGCUGAGCCCCGCGCUCGCCGCCGCCGCAAGUCGCGAAGACGCGGCGGGUCGCUGGAGAGCCGCGGGGAGGCCGCCUCGGACGUCCCCUCCGGCCCGCGGAGGCUGCGGCCCCCCGUCCCCGGGGCUUCUCUCUAGCUUUACCAUGAACCUGGCGCGGGCUUGGCUUUAGGAGAAAUUCAGAAGCCGGAGGGCGAGUCAGUGCAAUUCUUUGGUUGCUAAGCGUGAGUGAAGACAUCCGGCAUGGCUCAGGGAUCUGGGGACCAAAGAGCAGUGGGGAUUGCUGACCCAGAAGAAAGUUCUCCAAAUAUGAUAGUCUACCGCAAAAUUGAAGAUAUCAUUACGAAGAUGCAAGAUGACAAGACAGGUGGUGUGCCCAUCAGAACAGUCAAGAGCUUUCUCUCCAAAAUUCCCAGUGUUGUCACAGGUACUGACAUUGUGCAGUGGCUUAUGAAGAACCUUUCCAUCGAGGACCCAGUUGAAGCAAUACACUUGGGAAGCCUUAUAGCUGCCCAGGGCUACAUCUUUCCAAUCUCAGACCACGUUCUCACCAUGAAGGAUGAUGGCACCUUUUACCGUUUCCAGGCCCCAUACUUUUGGCCUUCGAACUGCUGGGAGCCUGAAAACACCGACUACGCCAUCUAUCUCUGUAAGAGGACAAUGCAGAAUAAAGCAAGGCUGGAGCUGGCAGAUUAUGAAGCAGAAAACUUAGCAAGACUCCAGAGGGCCUUUGCAAGGAAGUGGGAAUUCAUCUUUAUGCAAGCAGAAGCACAAGUGAAGAUAGAUCGAAAAAAGGACAAGACAGAAAGGAAAAUUUUGGAUAGUCAAGAACGGGCCUUUUGGGAUGUGCACAGGCCAGUGCCAGGCUGUGUGAACACAACAGAAAUGGACAUAAGAAAAUGCCGGCGUCUGAAGAACCCACAAAAGGUUAAAAAGUCUGUGUAUGGCGUGACUGAAGAAUCCCAGUCGCAAAGCCCCGUGCACAUACCCAGUCAACCAAUCAGGAAAACUACAAAAGAGGACAUCCGGAAACAGAUAACAUUUUUGAAUGCACAGAUUGACAGACAUUGUUUAAAAAUGUCCAAAGUGGCUGAAAGCUUAAUUGCUUACACGGAACAGUAUGUGGAAUAUGAUCCUUUGAUCUCCCCAGCCGAGCCGUCCAAUCCCUGGAUCAGCGACGAUAUCACUUUUUGGGACAUAGAGAUGAGCAAAGAGCCCAGCCAGCAGCGAGUCAAGAGAUGGGGCUUCUCUUUCGACGAGGUAUUAAAGGACCAGGUGGGGCGGGACCAGUUCCGGAGAUUCCUGGAGUCGGAGUUCAGCUCAGAAAACCUCAGGUUCUGGUUGGCUGUCCAAGACCUCAAGAAACAACCCCUACAGGAUGUGGCCAAGAGGGUAGAAGAAAUCUGGCAAGAGUUUCUGGCUCCAGGGGCCCCGAGUGCAAUCAACCUGGAUUCUCAUAGCUACGAGAUAACCAGUCAAAAUGUCAAAGAUGGAGGGAGAUACACAUUCGAAGAUGCCCAGGAACACAUUUACAAGUUGAUGAAGAGUGACAGCUAUGCCCGCUUCCUCCGGUCGAAUGCUUACCAGGACUUGCUGCUGGCCAAGAAGAAGCCAGAAAGUGAGCCAGGUCGUAGAACUUCCUUAGAAAAGUUCACUCGCAGUGUGUGCUGCUGGCGCAGAGUCAGAAUGGCCGCUGCAUUUCACCCCCGAGGUGGCUUCCUUCCAGCAGUGGGGAAAGUCGCUGGCGGGCAAGCGCCUCACCGGCCUGAUGCAGUCCUCCUGACGGUGCCCACCGCAGGGCCCGGGCCCGACGACCCCGCGGGCAGGCGGCGGCGCUCCACCUCCGCGGACAGAGGCUCCCUGCGGGGAGACCUGGUCACUGUGAAAGAGAAGGAGUGAGGGCGCUGGCGGGCGGCCGAGGGGAGCCUCGGUGGGUGACCGGGGACGCCGCCGUGCCAAGUCCGCAGAGCCCGGGGUCGGCCCCCGCAGAGGCCCCUGUUUACAACCCUCUCGUCCUUGUGUACUUGUGCGCCGACACCCCGUUCUCUAGGAGGUCCUGGGCCCUGACUCGCCCGGGCCCGGCGCCCCGUGGGGCUCCCGUCGUGACUGUCACUCCAGAUUACAAUCUUCCCCCCCUGGCUGGGGGAUCAGGCCUCCCUGCAAACGCCAGAGGGGCCGGCUGGCCCUGAGCACAUCCAGUAUUACGCCCGCCUCCCCACCGGCUCCGGUGCACCCACAGCACCCCCGUAGUGACAGCCACUGUGUCCCGACCGCCCCCUCCCCUCCCCACGUCUGUGUAAGCCCUCCCCCCCAAUGCCACAUGUCCCCGGUGCGGCCACAGUGCUGAGCAACCUCGCCGAUCGCUUCCCCACCAGCUCCUUCAGGCCCCCGAGGCCAGCCUUCCGAGAGGUCCCCGCCGCACCUGUCACAUGCCUCAAGGCCCCACACCAGAGGAAGCACCCGAGUGGACGAAAGAGCUUGUGGCUCCGCAGGCUGUGGAGGU